GCUGCAGCACCUGGACAUCAUCAGUUUGGUAGUGUUCUUACGACAAGAGCUACCGUCAGGAUGAAGCUCAUUGUAGUAGCUGUAGCCAUCUCCCUGGCCGCCCUGGUCAGUGGAUCAUACGCCCCGAAAGUCGAUAAAGAUAUCAAAUAUGCGGAUAAGGACUUCCUUAUGAAGCAAAAGUUCUUCUUUGAAAUCUUGCGCAACAUCCAAAUGCCGCUUCAGUAUGAGGAAUACAUGAUGUACACCAAGAUGUGGGUGGAAGAUUCGACUAAAUACACGAACUACGAACAAGUGACGGAGUUUUUCAACAUGUACAAAAUGGAUCUAUUCCUGGGAAAGGGUGAAAUUUUCACCAUCUAUAACAAGUACCUUCUGAAGCAAACAUACAUGCUUUUCUCAUUCCUCUACAAUUCUGCUGACUGGGACACAUACUACAAGAAUGUCAUCUGGGCUCGGGAGAACAUUAACGAAGGCAUGUUCAUCUAUGCAGUCACGCUAUCCGUAAUGCAUCGCAUCGAUCUACAAGGAAUCGUUUUGCCAGCUAUCUACGAAAUCUACCCGUACUACUUCUUUAACACCGACAUUAUCCGAUCUGCCACCUACCGUAAGAUGUACGACCCCAAGUUCGGAUUCUACGGCAAUGGCAAGUACAAUGUUGUGUACUCCAACUUCACCAUGACGUAUCCGUAUGAGGUUUCCAUCGACAACUACAUGAGUGAGGAUAUGAUCAUGAAUUACUACUACGAAGAUGUAGGUUUGAACUCGUACUACUUCUACUUCAUGAUGGACUACCCAUUCUUCCUCGGUGGCGAUCGAUUCGGAUUGCUCAAGGAACGCAGCGGAGAAUUGUACUUGUAUUUGCAUCAGCAGCUCCUGGCCAGAUAUAAUCUGGAACGGUUCUCAAACUACAUGUACCCAAUCAAGACGCUGACCUGGCAAUUCCCGCUCCAGACCGGAUACUUCUCAUUGCUGAGCUACUGGAACGGAAUUCCAUUCAAAUACCGAGACAUCAACUACAUAAUCAAGGACCAAGAUUACUUCAAACUGGACUGGAUCAAGGACUGGGAAAUGAGAAUACGCAAAAUCAUCGAUGACGGUUUCUUUUACAUGGAUGAUGGCACCAAAAUCGAUUUGCGCCAAUGGCAGAGCAUUGAUUACGUUGGAAAGUUGAUGAACUAUAAUAUGGAUAAUUCCGUCGGUCAGAAAUUCGGAUUUAUUGAAACGUUCUCCAAGAUGCUACUCAGCGGAUCAGAUUUCAUGACCAUGAAGACUUGGCCGUCCGUUUUGAUGCAAUACGAAACAACCCUCCGAGACCCAAUGUUCUAUAGCUUGUGGGACCGUCUGAUGAGCUUCUACUACCUGUUCAAGAGCUACCUGCCUUACUACACGUUCGAUGAUCUCAGCUUUAAGGGCGUUGUCAUUAAGGAUGUUGUAAUCGACAAACUGAUGACUUAUUUCGAGUACUUCGAUUCAGAUAUCUCCAACGUUAUUCCGAUGACCAACGUCGACAAAUACUGGGACUUCAAUGUGCUGGGCCGCACAGUGCGCUUGAAUCACAAACCAUUCACAUAUACUUUGGAUAUCAUUUCUGAGUUCGCCGGCAAGGGUGUGAUUCGCGUCUUCUUGGGACCCAAAUUCGACAAAUUGAUGGAUCUUGAGUAUUAUCGCAAGUACUUCGUCGAAAUGGACCAAUACUUGGUUGAUCUUGUCGUUGGUAAGAACAGCUUCAUCCGAAACUCCCGUGACUUCUACUGGAGCGUGAAGGACCGAACGAUGUACACCGAACUGUACAAGAAAAUGAUGCUGUCCAUCGCUGGCAAGGACAAGUUCGUGCUGGACAUGUCCGAGGCUCACUGUGGAUUCCCGGAUCGACUAAUCCUUCCAAAGGGCUGGGUCAGCGGAAUGAAGAUGCAGUUCUACUUCAUCAUCACUCCAUACACAAUGUCUGAGACUGAGAGUGACGUAAUUUACGACAGCGCCUUUAUGUGCGGCAAGUACAACUUCAUCGACAAUCUGCCGAUGGGCUUCCCCUUCGAUCGCGAUAUCGACUACACCUACUGGUACACGAAGAAUAUGCUCUUCAAGGAUGUGUUCAUCUACCAUAUGGAUGAAAUGAAAAUGAACAAGGUUUAUUAGGAUUAAGGAUAGACUGUCUGUUGGUAAUGUCUACUAUUAUUGGACUGAACAUGUUAUAUGAUAUCUCUAUGUGAAUGAACGUUGCAAAGUACAUACAA